GCGGUGUGCUGCAUCAGUCUGCUCCAGACGUUGCGCUCACGCGCAUCUUUCUGUUCAAUUUUAUUCAGAAGUCUACCUAUCAAGAUGAAGGGAUUCGCCUUCUUGUUGGCUGUGAUCUCCGUGGCGACAGGUGUACGUUAUAAUGGACUCCGAGUGAAAUUCGGUUGGUCAGACGCCCUAGCGGACAAGGAUUAUUUCUACACUAUACCCCGCACCAUCAGUGAUGCGGAAUCCCUAACGUGGAAGAGGACCGAGCGUCCCCCUGGCGCUCUUCCUGAACUACGCAUGUACUGUCCUCCUGGCAGGGGAGUGUGUCCCCUGUACGACACCGCUGGCUUCGUGGCAGGACUGCAACUUGCCCUGCCCGUGGACGAAUACGAGUCGCUGGCCAUCAAGCCUGAGAAGAAGUUCGUGAAGUGGAGCGCCCCCGCCGUCGAAGGAGAGGCCGCCAAGGAGUACUGGACGCUCACACAAUACUAUGUUUCUGAAGAGUCAUUGAAAGCCGGAGCGGGUCCGCAAGCGGCUAACGGUGAAACAUUGCAAGAUGGCGGAGUGUGGGUGACCGGGCUGGACGGCAAGCUGUUCAAGAUACCCACCUCUGAGGCCGAAAUUAGCACCACACCUUUCACCAAGCAGAACUGCGUGCCUAACAUGGGUACGCACUACUACUACAACAUGACGCGCGACAUGAAAUGCGAGGACCUGCUGCCGUGGUUCGCGCUCACCAACGGCGGGGAGAUGAUCGGCACCGGCUUCAUGAUGUUCGGCAAGCUCGCGACGCAGAAGCCGCGCCACUGGUUCGAGAUACCGCCCACUGAGGACCAACUAUCUGAGAUAGUCAUACCUUACGCACCGCCCUGCCUUGGAGAGUGGGGAUCCUCGUAUGGAUUAAUAUCACUCCACAUCUACUACAUCGACGACCCAUGGAACCUCCGCUGCAAGACUGGAGACUCGAUAAAGCCCGCCCCACCGUUUGACCGCUUACUCCUCAACGGGUAUCGGUACGCGAGUCAAAUAUCCGACGAGAUGAAAAAGCUGUUCAGUGGCUGAUAACAUGAAAAUACUUCUAGCAGACACACACUUUUGUACUUCAAGCUCUACCGACAGGAUUAUUCAAUAUGAAACCUUAUUUAUUGUAAAAAUACUUUAAAUUAUUAAACACUUAAGUUUUCGUGAAUGCUUUAAUUUAUUUUAUUA